GCGUGUUCGAGCAAAGAGGGGCGUAGAGGGCGACUAGGAAGGACGAAUGUGUAUCGUGCAUGUGCGCGCGCGUCUCUCGCACGCUUGCUCCUUCGUUCGCUCGCUCGCUCGUCCGUUGCGCUCGUGUGCGGCGUACACACGUCCCCGAGGUGAGUUUAUUGCGCGACGCGAGCCAAGCGUGUUCUCCUCAUCUCGCACAGGGGUGUAUAUGUGUGUCGUGGGCAACGUAACGCGUCACCGGGUGCCCACCGAAUCCGAUCUGCGGAGCAGCCGCACCGGCCUGUCCGAGGAGGCCUGGACCCGCACCCGCUUCACAUUCGCCGUCUCGGCAGCGAACACGCGCGUGGUCGUCAUCAUCCGUGGGGCUGACCGACGUGUCAUCAUCACGACGGUGGAGGAGGAGCGAGAAAAUGGCCGACAAUUGGACGCAGAGUGUUGUUUGCCGAUACUUCAAGAAUGGCACCUGUCGCGAGGGAAGCAACUGUCGGUAUCGGCAUGUGCAGGCGGCUAGGAACGACACAAGCGUCAACGAGGCGGUGACGGUGUCGACCGGCGGCAGUCCCAGCGGCCCCGCGGGCACCGUUACUUGUCGCUUCUUCAAGCAGGGCAUAUGCAAGUUCGGCGCUCAGUGUCGCUUCCGCCACGCCGCGAGCAACGCGGACAGUGACACUGCGCAGACCAACGCAACGGAGAACUCCAUCUCGGCUCAGCACACAGCAAACUCCUCGAAAAACAAAAAAGCUGGUAGACGUAUCGCUGAGGAGUGGGUGAUGGCGCCCGAAUUCGUACCUACAGCCGUGCCUCCCGUAGCCGGGUCAUCGACAGACGGGACAUCCGCCUCGGGAACGUCCACGAGUACGGCGAUGCCAGUCUCGUAUGCUCAAGCGGUCAAUCCAUCCGGUCAAGCCUCGACGCCCGCUCUGGAACCCCUGUGUCCGUACGCGGAGGCCACCGGGAUCUGUAGGAAUACAAAUUGCACAUAUCUCCACGGUGACAUUUGCGAAUUGUGCAGCCGCGCAGCUCUGCACCCGCACAACGAAGAACUGAGGAAGAAACACACGAAUGCAUGUGUCAAGCAGCACGAGGCGGACAUGGAAUUAUCCUUCGCGAUUCAACGGAGCAAGGAGAAGUCGUGCGGCGUCUGCUUCGAGACGAUAAUGGAAAAAUCCUCGAGAGAACAGAGGUUCGGUAUACUGCCGAACUGCAAUCACUGUUUCUGCCUGACGUGCAUUAGAAAGUGGCGACAAGCCAAGCAGUUUGACAACAAGAUCAUAAGGGCGUGCCCGGAGUGCCGUAUCCCCUCGGACUUCGUCUGUCCCAGCAUGUAUUGGGUGGAUACCAAGGAGGAGAAGGAGAAGCUGAUCAGAGAUUACAAGGGCGCCCUGAGUACCAAGGACUGCAAGUACUUCAACAAGGGUCGCGGCAAGUGUCCGUUCGGUAACAAAUGCUUCUACCUUCACGCACUUCCCGACGGGACUAAGAAAGACGUGGGUCCACCCGUUCGACAGAGGCGCAACACCAGUGAUGCUGGUCUCGACAUUUUGCAGCAACUGAUCUUGUGGGAUUUCCUCGAAGAAAGGGACGAUCGUUGGAUGUAUCUCGAUUUAGAAGAUAUUCCUUUCUUCUCAGAUUCCGACGAUUCCGAUUGGUCCGAUUACGAGCUGCCGUUCGAUUAGGCAGACAAAGCUAGUCGAUCGACGCGAAACUGCCUUGAUACCAUUGUUAUCAUUGCUACUCUGUUGCUUACGUCGAUUACCUACUUCCUUUACCUUUACGCGCGAAUUUAGUACCUAAGAAAAUUGUUAGAUAAUUAGCAAAUAAUUUGAAUGAUUGAAAGACGUUCUAGCUACGUAGAAGAAAAAAAAGUAUAAAAAAAGAGUAAAAAAUAUGCGCACUUACUUUCGUAAACUGAUAAUUCAUAACGUAAACAUUGAGUGUGCUUAGCGUCAGGAUGGUUGGAACACUUCGAUAACUGGCUUCUGUAUCAAUUUUAUUUCUACAUGAAUUGAGAGGGUGAUAGCUUAUUAAAAUACUUAAUAAGUAUCAUUGUAAGGGUUAUUGUAUUGGCAUUUUAGAAUUAUAGUAUAUAUCUUAAUUUGUAUGGAAAUAAGGUGGAGAUUACUUGCAAGUGGCAGAGGAACGUUCCAAUCAUUUUGACGUCGAUACCAUACACUUGGAGUUAUGUAUAAAAUAGUUAUGAGAUCAACAAUUUUACUAAUAACUGCAGCGCGGUAAUCGAAAAAAAAACAAACAUAAGGGGUGAGAAGAGAAACAAGAACGAUAGUGAUGAUCUGAUUGGAUACGCAUCGCAAUUUCGCCCCCCUUGUGCGGCUUGAUCCGAUGCUCCAUUAACUCUGAUGACACGUUCUAGCGACUGUUAUUCAUUCAGUGGUCCAAAUUUCGUCAGUAAAUAAUAGGAUCUACGUAUCGAUAUUUUUCCGAUGUCCCCUUUUUCUCGCAGCGUGUAAUAAUUGUUGGUUUCUUUUUCCACGCUCGACGAUUACUGUUAAGCUAUUCCAUAUUGAUGCAUAAAAUCUGCAGCACACAAUUGUACAUUGAAAUCGAAUCACAAGCGAGUCAAUAAUCAACUUACUGAGUAAACCAGAGGAUAAAAUCGUUCGCAUUUUUUCGGCAAGAUAGAUUUCUCGGAUAUAUAUCGCCAGGUAACAAGAAAAUAGUUGAGAAGUAGUUUUUAUUAUAGCGCUCUUUGUUUUUUCAUUAAGGCUUUCCCUUCGGUUUAAACGUGAGUUAGAUUAGAUUAGAUUUAUCCUAUCCUGUAAUUUCAAGAAAUAUUUGUCACAUACAGCGAUGUCACGUUGUAUGAUGUACGUACGUACUUGUGCAGAAAGUAUGGCAAACAUGCUGACACGUGAGGUUUGAACGAUAUUAUAUAAAUAGUGCAAAUUGCCGUCUAAAUUUUGAUUUCAUCAGGCUUCACUCGAACGUAUGAGAAACAUAAAUAUAAAUAUAAAUAUAAAAUAUAUAUAUAUACACACAUAGGAACUGUAAUAUAAUUUUGUAACUGUAAUAUAAUCUGGCCACGUCAGUCACAAAAAAGUCAGUUGCAGAUCUCGUAAAAAUAUGACAAAACUGUGGCAUACUGCCAAGUGGUAUCAACGAAAUACGUGUUACGUUUAGCGAAAUGAAGUUUUCUUUUACAAGCACAAUAUGUAUAACCGUUACAGAGUGAUAUUACAGUUACAAUAGCAUCCCGUUUAAUUAUUACUCGCCGAAGACAACCACAACAACAACAACAACUACCAUUCACUUGUAAAAUAGGGAAAAACUGGACAACGACCUGUUACUUGCGUGAUCGGUGUGCAUCGUUAGUUCAACUUAUCACUAAACUAGUUCAUAUCGAAGGUACGAUAUACAACUGUCGUCCUACCUCUUGUGCUAUGGCUCCGCGAAAAAUCUUUAAUACAUUUCUUUAAAUUAUUAACACGAUUGUGUAUAGCGUUAUUAUUCGUGAAUUAAUAGAUUACUCCUAAGACCUCUGAAAGCAAGUGUGCAAAGUGAAUGUGAUACACGUAUGAGGGGGAUCACGUCCCUAUGUUUGGUAUUUGUGUACAUGUGUGUGUGUUAAGUGCGCGCGCGUGUGUGUGUGAAAGUAUGGUUAUAUAUAUAUAUAUUAAAAAAAACAAUAUCUACGAGCAAGAGAAACAGACUACCGAUAUGCAUAUGGUGGGAUAAGUAACGAAUGUAAUAAAAGAGAUUGCUUUCCCGUUGAAGUACGCACCUGUAGAUCGAAGAUUCGAGGAGGAACAAUAUUUACACGGGAGUAAAGCACAACGGAGUGGGAUCCACGGCACAGAGCCCAUGCUGGAAAUCGUCGUCGAUAGUUUUUACAUCGUAUCGAUUUAGUUGUAACUAAGUAAAGGCGAGAGGGAAACGCGUUACGACAGCUGUUCUUGCAACAUAGAAUUACGAUAACUACUACGCUUUCUGGAGGGCACAGUAUUCUCUUGUGUAAAAACUUGUGUGAAACUUACGAGAGACCACACACACAUACAACACACACGGGCGAAUAGAAGCAAAGAAACACCAAAGAAAUUACACGUACUCACACGUUCUCUUCAUCGAAAAACUUGGUGAAAAGAGAGAAAGAAAAAAAAAAGAUACCCUUCAAUUAUUCGCCGCUGGAUAAUGUCCUUCCGCAAUAUAUUUACGACAGCUGCAAUAUCGCGAUAUCGUCCCACACAGUUCCUGCUUGCACUUACAACCCGGUUCACACUCACAGUAGGAAGCGAUCGGAUCUUACAGCGGAGAUUGCCGUCGGUAUUGCCUUUCAAAAGCUAUGUGAUUAUAGAAUAAUAUAUAUCGUUCAGUGCUAUGUAAGGUCAGUUCUUAAUCCGCGCGUUUCGCAACGAGACAUUCUAUUCAGAUCGAAUUUUUCGCUACGCUCAGUAUCGUUUAUAUUUCUCAUAGAAUUUCUAUAAUGUUAAUUUUAUCGAUAACUGUUAGUAACGCUUAUUGUUACUGAUGAAUAUUUGUAUAGAGCCUUCUGUACGCUGUGCGUUUCGAGCGGCUAUUUUUAGAGUUACUUUCCUUGACAGCCAUAAAAUCCCAUUAAAAAAAAACGAGGGAAACGAAAAUGCUCGAGCAGCGAUCUUGGAUUGUACUUGAACCGAGAGUAAACGUGAAUCGACGAGCUGUUUGAAAAUUCUCGAGAAUCUUCUUAAAAAUACAAAAAAGUCAUUGAAUGAUUUUGAGGACGAUGGAAAAUUUCAGAGACUUGUGUCGUUCAUUAACGAUACCGCAGGUAUCGCCAUUACAGGAGGAAAGCUCUGAGUUAACUCUGUGUUCGUCGUUGCACGUAUUUACCGUCGUCACUGCCGUUACGUGUCUCCGAAACAAAGCGUACCAUCAUUUACUGCACCAAUAUGUUCUAAAUACACAAACAAACAGCGGAGGAAGAGAUAUAUAAAAAUUAGGGAUUGACGUUUGUUAAAUUGUUCAACGGCAUUCAACGCGGUUUACUUUGUGCUCGGUGAUACAUUGCCGGAGUUAAUUUUUGCAUCCAUCCUUGCACGAGUGUAAUAAUAUUACAUAUAGUGAUUCCGAGAUCGAUGUGUUUUCUGUUAUAGGAUUUUUCUUAACGAUCCGAGAAGUAUAGAUCCAACCGGUUGCUUUGUCCGAUUUACUCGCGAGCUGGUAAAUGCGAAUAUAGUUAUAGUCUUAAUACUUGUUUAGAAAAACAUACGUUACAUUGUAUAAUUCACAAAGAACAAUUGCGUUAUUAUCUCUGCGUGCGGAAUUCAAUCGUCGAAGAUUCUAUCGCAAGCGUGCAUUAAUGCGAAUUAAUCGUACUAAACGUACCUGUGUUUAAAUAUGCUGUAUUACGUAGAAAAAAAAGUAUUCUUUUCCACUUUUCCUUUUCAAGCAGAAUGCCCUUAAGAAAUUGUUACAUAACUCAUUUUUUACGCGAGCGGGAUUAGGUGUCUCGAAUAAUCCUCUCUGUUCUUUUGGCUCAUUUAUUGGUAUGCAUGGUAUUUUUUUUAGGAUAAUAUUGUGCCGAUUAUAUUUUCACAAGCGUAUUAUUUAUUUUUAUUCUGCGUGUUUAAACGAAUGUUUUAGUGUGUAUUGGAAAUAAUGAGUCUUGCGAAGUAGGAAAAGGGUUGUAACAUUUAAGUUUUAGGGGAAGGUAAUUUGGUGAUAUCGCUCGAAAAUUUCUAUACGUAAACCUUAUAUUUUUGUAUAACUUAUCGCGUCAAACGUGCUUAUGUUAUAAUAAAGGCUCCAUAAAAAAGCGGAUCGAUAUAAUAAUAUACGAGUAAAAAAAACUUAAUCUCUGCUAAGUAGCGCUCCACCAUAAAGAUGAAAUCGACGUUGAAAACAUUGUUGUGCCACAGCUUGUUUCUUACGUCUUUAAUGGAUCAUAGAUUAUUGUGAAUGUUUUUUAGCCAAUAAAUAAAUAGAUCAAGCAA